AUGUCAUCACAUCGUCGCGGUCAUGGCCAUAGCCAUGGUCACGAUCACGGACAUAGCCAUGGAGACGGACACGAUCAUUCCCAUGACCUAGAGCCGGCCCUCCACUCGAACCUCUACAGGCAGAUCAACUUCGAAGGUAUUAUCACACUCAACGAGGCUGAACCCCGAUCAGGCGCAGCAAUUGUACAGAAGACAUGGGAUGAGCGUCUCAACGACCGACCGAUCCUUGAAAGUGAUGCAGAUGAACAGCUAUUGAUGCAUGUCCCCUUCGCAGGGUCCUGCAAACUCUACUCCAUCCUAAUUCGAACAUCCGAUUCCGAUUCGGCCCCUUCGACUCUCAAACUCUUCCGCAACAGAGACGACAUGGACUUCGGUUUGGCUACCGAUUUGCCGCCGACUCAGACGGUGAACCUCCCCAAGAGCAACGAAGUGGCAGAAAUUCACCUCCAUCGGGCGCUCUGGAACGGGACCACGUCCAUCAAUCUGUUCUUUGAAGACAACCAUUCAGGCGGAGAUGAAGAUGUCACUCAGAUCAGUUACUUGGGAUUCAAGGGAGACUUCAUGUCACUCAACCGUGAGCCGGUGCAGGUGUUGUAUGAGGCUGCAGCGAAUCCUCAAGAUCAUCAGAUAAUCCAAGGCUUGACCAACCUCAAUCAGUCAAUGCCGGGACAGUAA